UAGCACAGAGCCAGCCUCCGAUCAGACUACGCUGCCUCUGGCCGGAGUUGUGUUUUUUUUUCUAGCUUGGGAAACAAGAUACGCACAAGGACGGCAAACAAAUAAAACAAACGCACAGGGAAGACGGUCAUUCCUCGGGGGAUCUGUUUCUCUGCCGUACAGGAGGGUCGCAGGCCGGCGCCGAUUCGUGUGAAAGGAGGACAAAACAGAGCGAGCUAAGGCAGGAUGUCAGCCCGAGGAGGAAAGAAGAAGGCCACCAAGCUGUCCCGCUCGUCCCGGGCGGGCGUCAUUUUCCCCGUGGGGAGGAUGAUGAGGUACCUUCGCACCGGGACGCACAAGUACCGCAUCGGCAUGGGGGCGCCCGUCUACAUGGCAGCUGUCAUCGAGUACCUGGCAGCUGAGAUCUUGGAGUUGGCAGGGAAUGCAGCGCGGGACAACAAGAAAGGCAGAAUAACUCCGAGGCACAUCAAGCUGGCAGUGGCCAACGACGAGGAACUCAACCAGCUUCUAAGGGGCGUGACCAUAUCAAACGGAGGGGUUCUGCCUCGGAUCCACCCAGAGUUGCUCUCCAAGAAGAGGGGAGGCCGGGUGAAGGUGGACACCCAGGUGACCGUCCCGGAGAAGCGAGAGGAACACUCCAAGAGCAAGAAACCCAUCAAACCUGUCAAAAAAGGCAAAGGCAAACCGGGCCGCAAGCCAAGGGUCAGUAGGAACACGGAAAACGACAAAGAGGCUGUAUCAAACUCCACAGCAGAAGACGGUCCAGGAGACGGAUUCACCAUCCUCUCAGCAAAAAGCCUGUUCCUUGGACAAAAGCUGUCACUAACAGAGAGCGAAAUCGGCAAAAUUGGGACGAUUAAGGUUGAAGGAAUAAUUAACCCCACAAACGCAGACAUGGACCUCAAAGACGGAGUGGGCAACGCCCUGGAGAAAGCUGGGGGCCGAGAGUUUCUGGAGGCAGUCAAGGAGCUGCGGAAAGCACAGGGGCCCUUGGAGGUUGCAUCAGUGGCGGUGAGCCAGGCCAGUGGGAUGGCAGCGCGGUUCGUCAUCCACUGUAACGUCCCUCAGUGGGGCUCAGAGAAGUGCGAGGACCAGCUGGAGAAGACGGUGAAGAACUGCCUUUCAGCAGCAGAGGAGAAGAAGCUCAAGUCUGUUGCCUUCCCCUCGCUUCCCGCUGGACGGAAUGGAUUCCCAAAGCAAACAGCAGCCCAGCUCAUCCUCAAGGCCAUCUCCAACCAUUUUGUGUCGUCCACCACCUCCUCCCUGAAAAACAUUUACUUUGUCCUGUUCGACAGCGAGAGCAUUGGAAUAUAUCUUCAGGAAAUGGCCAAGCUGGACGCCAAGUGAGGAUGAGCAGCAGCGAGGAUCUUGUUUUAGGGGGUGUUUUUCUAACUGUUGCAGUUGUAUUUCAAGAUGGUUUGUUUUUGUUUUUUUUUUUCAGGUGGUGUAGAUAGGUGACAUAGGGGUUUUGAUGUGGAAUCUGCUUCGGUAGAAGAGAGAGAAAAAAAAAAAAUCCAAUUCGUGAGUGAAGUAUUGUUCACGUUUAUGUUACACUGUCUUUUAAAGAGACUGCAUUCUUUUUAGAUUAGAUAAUUUAAUC